AGCCCUUGUCUUAUUUUAAUGCAGGAGAUGGAGACGGUGAGACACAAACUCUUUCUUGGCAUGUUGGUUUCUGUGGCAGUAACUGUAUAGCAGUUUCUGUACCACAAGGACAGGGAUUUGGAGACAGACCGCAGACAGAUAGCAGAAUGAUUUGUGCUAAGAGUAUAUUCAUUUACUUUAUGGAGUAUCUCUUGGAAAUGUAUACGGGCAUUUCUUAUGCUACAGAAAAGAAGAAUGCAGGAUUUGGCAAGUUAUCAUAAUGUGAAUGAAAUUUGUGGAUGUAAAUAAAAUACGAGUAAAAGAUCCUAAGGGCUAAAUACAGGAAAGGGCCAGUAAAUUGUGUAAUUCAGUAGUUUGUGGAUACAUUGAUUGUGGGCUCCUGUCUGACAUUGUGCUACAGUGUGAGUCAGUAAAACAUGGCUUAAUUCAGCGAAUCAUUCACUAGCUCACAGAUUUAUAUUAAUGCAUCUUCAUUUAUUAAACAAUAAAUCAGAAAUGUGAAGAGAAACCUGUGCUGUCAUCCAGUUUUUCUUGCUUCUAUAAAGUUAUUUCAUGGUAAUAUCAUGCCUCUGUAUGAGACGGCCAUUUUUUUCGAUAGACUUAGCUAUUGCACUACCUCAACUGUGCUACUGUGGUAUUUAGCUCAGUUUUUCGGACUCUCAUGCAGUAGAUUUUAAGAAGGAACUGUCACUGUUCACCAUUAAUCAUCUAUCAUCCAUCAGUAUUGCUUACAUGGUCACGGCAUGCAGUCUUGUAACUUAGCAGAUAAACAAACGAUAUUAAAAAUGUAUCAGUUCUCCAGGUACAGCAGAGUCUUCCCACAGUCCAAAGACAUGCAUGUAGGUUGACUGGCAUUUAUGAAUUUUCCACAUUAUGUGAAAGCACGGCAUACAGUGGACUCACAUCUUAUCCAGGCCCCAGCCUUGUGCCCUGUUCUGCCUGGGAUAGGCUCCUGGGUUUUACAAUCCUUUGCCGAAUAAACAGGUUGAAGAUGGAUGGAUGGAUGGAUGGAUGGAUGGAUGGAUGGAUGGAUGGAUGGAUGGAUGGAUGGAUGGAUGGUAAAAAAAUUAAUCAUAUCAAUGGAAAAUAAAAAUCAUGGAAAUUAGUGGACUCUCUCUUUAUGAGCAACAAUCAUUCCACUGUAACUAGGGAGGCAUUAAUGUAGCUGCCUGGUACAAGCUUUUCACAGGUUCCAUUACUCUGCUGUUCUAAGUAAUGCAUGACCUUCAGCAUAACUUUUAUUGGUUUCUUCCACACCAUUUACUUUGAUACCUACUGCUCCCUUUAACCAGCAGCAGUAUGCAAAUGUUCAGCUUUGUCACCGUAGAACCAUCAGUCCAACAGCUGAAGUAUUUAGAGAAACAAUUCAUCAGUAAUGUAAGAAAAUAUUUCACUUUUUAUAAACUUGUUGAAAACCUGCAUAUAUCAGGAAUGCAGUUAUAUUUGUCAGUUUUUGUUAUAAUAAACAGUAUUGUAGCCCGUCAUAUUUACGUUUAUCGUGGUAAAAUGGGGGACGGCUCUGUUUUUAGUUUUGUGACAGUACAUGAUGGAUCUAUUGGACUUUUGGCACAGGAUCUUUGUUAAUACUUAUACGUGUGGUUGUGUAGCUGUUGUGUAGCUCCUGCUCCUAUACUGUUUGGAUACCUGGGCAUUCAUUGGAAGAUCAGUCCAGCAGCACUUAUGCCUAGUUGACUUCUUGAAAUGUGCUAUUUGCUUCACUUGAGCACCACUUUGGACAAAAUGUGAAUAUGUGAAAUAUGUAUAUGUAAAAGUAGAACUUUAUACCUGUUUUUUAAAACAAACCACUAACGAUGUGGUGUUUGUUAAUGCUGAACAUUCAGUGGUGAUUAAUUUAGACAUUAAGAUAUUUCAUCAAACGUUCAUAGCUGUUUCAUAAUAUGCUGCCUUAAGGAAAGUUUGACACCAUCAAAGUAACCUCAGUUUUUUUUGUGGAAGCCUGUAUUUUCUGUUAUUGUUCUAAAAUACUGUUUUUAUUUUCUGGACUAAUAGAGUAUCAUAAGAAUAUCUCAAAUUACAAACAUUUUAAAGCAACACACGAGUAUUUUUUCACUUUACGCUAUGUAGAAAAAGCAGUUUUCAAAAAUUGUAUUCUGAUUUGUCAGUGUAGUAGUUUGUCGCACAUCUGCUUUGCAGGAAUAACAUUUUGACUGAAUUUGAGAUUUUUUUUGUUAACCGUUUUCCUGAGGUUUAAACGUUCAUUUGUAUAAUUUUCAUUUGUAAAUACCUUACAAAAUUAGAAAAACAAAUUGCAGAUUUGAGUAUGCUCCGUGGCUCAUUGACAUUUUUAAAAAUGGUGCUGAAAAUGGCCGUCCUCUUCAGCCAAGCAUCAGCCAAGUUUUUCGUGAAGUCACUGAUGCAGUAGGCAGAGAUAGUCUUAUCUGCGUAGGCAAUGAAAGCUCUUCUAACUUCCAUUGACAUUGACCUUGACCCACAAUACUCAUAUCAGCCUUGAUAAAGUUUAUUACCUGGAUUAUGUUACGACCACAUUGGAAACUGUCUGAUGGAAUACCAAGGCUGUAUCUGAGCAGGUAACAUCCACUCAUCCACUUUCAGCUCCUUGGAACGAGUAACUACAUAUUGCUAAGAUCCAUCAGUAGUACCAGUCCAUCCGUCUAUCCAUCCAUCCAUUUUAUGGACCCAGUUGUCCUAUGCAGGGGCGUGGGUUCCCAGGCCUUUCAGCACAAGACUCAUAGUACUAGUAUGAAGCAGAAUUAAAAAUAAAAACUUCCCGCUCUUAAAGGAAGACGUCUUUGCUAGGUGGCGCUAAUCGCUCUGAAAUCAUAGACCUGUAGUUUCUUCUUCAAGUCUGGUGUUACUUUAAAAACAAAAAAGAUUGAACUUUGCCUUUAAUUUGGUAUCACAUCUGUAUUGUGUGCAAUAAGGUCAAAGUAAAUUAUACAUGGUAAUUCAAGGCCUUUGGCCUAAUGUACUCUUGGGCUAAUUACCCAGUUUGAAUGCUUAUUGCAGACUCGAGUCUGUUUGUGUUACUGAACUGAUAUGUCUUCAGUUUGGUCUGUUUGUGUAUGUCUUUAGCUUUGCUGCCUUUCCUAGUUUUCCAUGUGAUUUAAGAGAGCUCAGGCUUCCAUGUCUUUCUGAUCGUACUUUUGCUGAUCAGCUGACUGGUCCAGCUGACAGAAGGUUGUAGGCUGAAAUUUCAGGAGAACGGAGCUUGUAGGCAGGAACCCUUGGGUCAGCUGAAUGUUUGGUGCUUUGGUUAAGGCAUGCGAGACGUCUUUGUCUCCCCACGUGACAGAAAUGCCGCAUUGCUGUUAUAAAAAGACAGCAUAGGUGAAUCUUGUGCUUGGCAUGACGUAAAACCUUCCAGUUUCUGCCAAUUCCACAUUAAUGCACUUAUAAUGUUCAGUUGAAGGUAGCAGAUUGCCACAGUACUUUUUAUAAAGCACGCUUACAUACUGUAAAUUUCCUGUGUACUUGAGUUCACAAGAUAUGAUCCCUAAUUUUGUCUUACACAAUCAUGUGUUUCAAAUUCCGGUAUUAGAGAUUUCUUAUCUUGGAAGGAAGAGGAGCUCUAAAAGUUGUGAAGCUUGUUCAAGUCAUUGAGAGAUCCUAUGAUGAAUGUGUACCGUUCACACAGACAGAAAGCCGGCAGGAUAACUGAUCCGAAUGAGCCAACUCCCUUUAAUCCAUGUCUCGCUUCCCUAUAGAAAAAUACAUUUUUGGCCAGCAUACCUUUUUCAGUACCUGUUUUGCAGUAAGGGAAAUUCCAGCAAAUUUCUAUGGCUAUUUUGUUUAAGGAGAUCCGAACAUGGGACAGGCUCAUCUACAGCCCUGCUCAGGAUGGGCCGAAUGGCCUCCUCUCGUUUGUAAAUUUCUUAUAAGUGGGUGUAAGACUGAUGAAUGGAGAUUAGAUGGCACACCAAAUGAGGCUUGUUUAUGCUUGUUUAUUGUUUUGUUAGAAUUUUGUUGCAUUUUCUUCAUCAUAUACGCUGUGCCUUGACUCCUCAUAUGAGGAUUAAUUAAUACUAAAGUGCUUAGUAUUAAUUAACAUAUCCAGACAUCCAUUAUUAUGAGCAAUGUAUCAGCAUUAGUAUAAAAAGAUUUGCUUAGCAGGGCUUCAGCUAUGACAAGCGCUCAGAAGCAAACUCAUACGUGGAAAAGGACAAAUAGUGAGGUCGUUAUCUGUCUGCAGGCCCAGACUAGCCUAAAGUCAGAACAUAGUCAAUGAAGUGUGUGAGUGGUGCUGCCCUUCCAGCAUUUAGGGUAGAAUUGUUCACUAAGCAUCCCCAUAGAGCAGUUUGGCCUAUCUCUAUUCAAGUUGGAGUUGAGACGGCCUUCCCUUGAUUGCGUCAGAAUUACACCGUGUCAGACCAUGGCUAAAGGGCGGUGCGUUGUUGUGGCCCCACCCACAGCAGAAGCAGGUCUGUGCAGGUUUCUGCCAUGUCGAUUGCACCAGCCGACACAAAGCCCAUUAAUUUUUGAAAUCCAGACCGUUCAAUUUAUUCUGUAAAAAAUACAGAAGUAAAAGAAAAUUUGAGUCCCCCCCCCCCCGUCAUUCUGUUCAAUCUGUAGAGCAUAUAGGAAAGAUCCGCCCAAUGUGUGGUGUGUGUAGGCAGGUGUGUACUUUACUGAUGUUAAGCUCACACCCCUAGGAGGUGUGCCCUUGGAUCAUAACCCACUCCCGCUGCAUCGCCACUCCACAUCUGACACUUUCCUUUUUGGAAUCUACGUUCAUUCAGUGGGACUACGUGGCUCUGUUCCAGGAUGUGGAGAAAACUCUCGAAUCCUUUAUGUGUUUGUAAGAGCCACCUUUGACGGCACAAUCAGAAAACUGAAUCCGGAGCUGAGACAAGGGGAUAAUGGCUUGAAUUGUGGUCAAUAUUUUAUUUGAAUUACAUGUAUUUUACAAAAAUGAGAAUUGCUAUGGAGAGCUGCUUCAGUUUUCGCUCUGGUAAAGGAAAGUGUUACGAAAGCUAUACAGUGGAGGGUGGGGGAGAGUCUGGAGGUCUCCCAGUAAAGGAGAAGAAGUGGAAGAGCAAGCGCAAGCUGGAACUGAAGAAGGCCUUUAGUCUGGAUGAAACCCAGCUGGAGACCCAACAGAACAAGAACCUCACAAAGCAGGUUCCACUCAGGUCGCAGACCUUCGACUCCAAUGGGAGCCUAGAAAAGACCGAAGGCAGCGUCACACGGAGCAGUUUCUUAAAGCACAACAAAACUUUCCACAAACUGUUUCCACACAUUCCUGAAACUGAAGAUUUAAUACAUGCCUUUGUCUGCGCCCUGCAGAAGGAGGUACCGUACCAUGGUAGACUGUACGUCUCUGAGAAUCAUGUGUGCUUCUACUCAUCUGUGCUGCUCAAAGAGACCAAGGUGGUAAUUCCUGUGUCUAGCAUACACACACUGAAGAAGCAGAACACAGCACUCCUGGUGCCCAAUGCACUCUCCAUCCGCACUAACGAGGGAGAAAAGUUCUCCUUCAUGUCCUUGAGGAACCGGGAGAUAUGCUUCAAACUCUUGCAGUCUGUUUGUCCGCAGGUGGAGGAGCUUAGUACCAGCAGUAGCUUGGAAAAGAGCUUUGACCAUGGCAGACUUGCGGCUUCCAGUCAAUCAAGCUUCGAGGACAGCUUUGACCAAGUGGAUUCCAGCGCCCUGUUGGAGUCAUCCUUACCUAGUUCAACACAAGCAGUGCCUUAUGAGAAGAGCUCCACCGAACCGGAGCACACUAAUAUGGACGAGGAUGACUCCACACAGGACUUGACAGGUGCUUACUGGGUCUGGACAGUGACAGAGAGAGUCCAGUCUCUCCUCGCCCUGAGAGAUUCCAGUAGCCUCAGCACGCUGCUCUUCAUCUACUUAAUAUUGGUGCUGCUUCUCCUGCUGUCUUCAGGGUACCUUGGUCUGCGCAUUGUGGCCCUUGAGGAGCAGCUGACCUCGCUUGGCAGCCUGUCAGAGUUCUCCCUACAGAGCAGGUACAAGGACACAUAAUUCAGUGUCUUGGCCGGAGCCUUUUCUGGAUGAAAUGCUGAGGAUGCAGGUAUGAUGGAAGCUGACGAUCUGCUGUGGAUCUGCUGAUGACUGGAUUCCUCGCCUCGUGUUCUUCCAGGAUGGACACCGAAGAGUCCCACUUUUAAGAGAUUGUUAGUACUUUUGAGGAAUGAUUUUGUCCAAAAGCUUCUGGGCGUUUUUCUUCCAGCUAACUCUGAAUGCCCAGAAGAGGGCAGCAGAAAGCAACUAGUUGGAGGAUUCAAGAGACAAAGACCUCUCACGCUAUAUGGCCUGAGGAAUCACGACUACCAAGGGCAAAUGGCACAAACCCACUCAGUCUGCAGCAUGUUCUGAUUUGACUCUAUAGACUUGGCUCAGCACUGGGAGGGAGCAGUGGGUUGCACAAAUACAACAGUAGAACCACUGACCUUUGGUGCCGGUUUUACGGUAGAUUGAUCUUUAUUGAGAUUCUGUACUUGAAUUGUACUCAGUCUGACGUUUGCCAAGAAAUGUUGAUCUUUAUUACUGCAGGUUCUACACAGACCAGGUGUAGUGAGCAGUCUCAUUUUUAGUACUUUCUUGUAGUGCCAAAGAUCCAUGCAUUGGCCACAGCAUUUCAUGUUGCUUCAUCUUCUGUUUUGCUCACCUUUUCAGCACUACCUGUAUGCAGGAGAUGCUUGUACAGUAUGUAAUCUAUUCAAAUCUCUUGGUUUGCAAAAGUCUUAAACAGUACGUUUUCCUGCUCUUCAGUAAGAUAAUUAAUUGUGAACUAACAGAGCUCAGUGAGCAAUGUAUGGGUAUUACCUCAGAAAAAAAAAUCACUCCUGUAGUCAAAUAAUUCUUGUACCAUCCCUUGCAUCCAUGAUGUCUAGGAACUUUUGAUUCUGAUAUAGAGGUACAUCUCGUGAUUAUCGAAGGCUGCAAAAUAUUCACUGCACAAGUAAACACGAUCAGGUUUUUGUUUGUAUGUUCUUCUGUGAAGUUUUCAUUUUAGUACUUAAAUGUACAUUAGUGUUGUCUUGUGUCUGUGUACUGAAGUAUAUGCAAUCAUUGAUGCAUAUUGAUGCAUUGAUGCCAUAUGUAACCUGAAGCAAACAGUUAUAUCAGUCCAGAAGAAACACCUCAACUCAUAAGUAUGCAUUUCAAAAUCACGAGCAAAACGUAGGUCUUACAGUAUUGCAUGUGUGUCCUAGAUUCAGCAGGUACCCAAGUAGACAACUGAAAUCAACUCUUUCAUUUACUUUGACUGGGUGACAGUUUUAUUAUGGAGAUCGAACUUUCAAAUAUUUGUGGUCCUAAAAUUACAGAAUGCACAUCUAAUAGUACUGGCAUAAUGGUAAUGUAGCCAUUUAUAGAAUGAAUGCAAAAAAUCUAAAGCAGUAUACCAUUGUGUUUGCUAUUUCCGCAUGAGCAUUGAAUUUGUACUAAACACAAAAAGCAUGUGUGAAUAGUUCAGUAUGGGGGUUGUGUGGUAUUUAUACUUUGGAGAGAUUCUGUUCGGAGGAUGUGCAAUUUGAGGAGAUUUAAUCAUUCUUCAGUAGCUCAUGUCAAGAAGUGUAAUGUGAUCUUACAGCUGAGCGCACUUUACAACUUGUUCAUCUGGUUUGUGAUCCAAAGAAGGCAGGAAUAACAUUUGGCUGAGAUUGUAGUUGCAGAACAUUGCCUAUAGGUGUUGCUACAGGAGCUGUGAGUCCUGUAGGUGGAGGAGGAUAAUCUGAUGCAACUGUAUAUUGCUCGCUGCUAACCUGAUAAGCCUUCACUUCUUACAGUACAUGCUAUAUGCUGAGGACUUGACAUGGGAUGCUUUUUUUUAAUCAGCUGCAGGAAAUUCACCUCCCUCUGUAAAGGAUUAUAGUCACCUCUUAAUUGUUUUUUUUAACCAUAUUUUUGGUACAGCAAUAGUGUGGUGUACUUUUAAUAACUGACAUCUCUGACCGUUAAAUUAUGCAAAUACAUAUCAUAAAUUGCUAUUGCUUUUGACCCUUUCGUGAUCUUCAGUUGAGCUCAGAGUGUCUUGUAUUUGCUCCUUCCAUAUGGACAGGAAGGACAGUCAGAGGAGCACCUUAAGCAGGCCAGCUAUAGUGGCUGUCUGAGUGGCCUGUCAGCCUGGGAAUGAAUGCUCAUUAUGCCCCGAGAGGACCGGAAGGCAUGUCUGGGGGUAGCACCUUUCAUUAGAAGCUCCAUGUUUCACGUUCCCACUGGCUUCGCGCUGAUGUUUUCUGCAGCUUGUUCACUCCAGAAUGGUUAUGGCAUAUCAGUCUGAUAACCUUUACAAAGAUAAAAAGCAAAAAUCUCAAUGAAGAGUACAUCAUUUGUAUUUUUGCACUAUUUCAGUGUUGUAAUUUUCUUUCCCGUUUUUUUUUUUGGGGUUUUUUUUUUCGGUUAUUUGAAAUGUGUCCCGUAAAUUCCACUUCAAUAAAACUUGUAUUUAUUUGUUUCUCUUUAAUUCAGUCUCUGUGAGACUUUUUUGGUUGUUGUGGGCAAACCAAUAAAACAGGAGAAAGUGG